AUGGGGCUCACCUGGGACAUCAAACCUGUGAAUGGCGAGAACAGCUGCACAAACACCAGAGCGCCCAAAGCCCGCCUGAGUUCCACAGGUGCAAUGGCAUGGCUUGUAGAUGUCUGGACUAGCCAUAGCCUCUUUGCGUUGUCCCUUCUGUUCGCCAGUUUGAUGCCUGCUGAGGCCCGCCUUGCAGUGAAAAGCUAUGGCAUCCUCAUGGCCAGCACAGCCAUGGAUGACUUUCUUCAACACAUCCUGGCACGGCCACCGCUCUACAAGCUCAGGCAGACAUGUGAAGCACACGUAAACGCUCAGAACCGCUCAGGAUCCCACCUUGGGAGGUACACCUCCCUGAGUGUCAUCAUAAGCUCCUUGUAUAUGGGUCAUCCCCUGUUCCACGAAGAGACUCGGGUCGUAGCUCUUACUGAGACCUGCACCAGGUCACCAGCAUGGUCUAUUCAGUGA